AUGGUAGUUAAAUGGGCGCCGAAUGCAACGAGCGGUACACUCGUUGCUGGAGUCCCAGGAGUUCAAGGUUCGACCAGUAAUAAAUUAGGUCGUCUCCGAUUCAUUCAUUUAGACGAGAAUCAAGGUGCAAUCUACGUCAGUGACUCUAGCAACAAUCGUAUCCAAAAGUUCAUCAUUGGCGGCAAUGGAACAGGAGUCACAGUGGCAGGCAAUGGUACUGUAGGAACAGGUUUGAAUCAGUUGAAUGGACCCUCAGGUAUUUGGGUUACACGUGAUGGCAAAACUAUCUAUGUUGCUGAUAAUGGCAACAACCGAGUCAUGAAAUGGACGAUUGGUGUCACUCAAGGAUCUGUUGUGGGUGGCAGUAUAAGUGGCGUAGCAGGUACCAAUCAACUUCUCAAUCAACCAGCUGAUGUGGCUCUCGAUCCAAGUGAAACGUAUCUUUAUGUUUCAGACUAUGGUAACCACAGGGUUCAACGAUUUCGUGUCAAAUGA